GCCCUGUUACUGGGGAAAAAAAAAAAAAAACAGAAAAAAACCAUCUCCUUUUUCAAUCCAUAGUUAUUUGCAUUUCAUCUCUCUUGCAUUGAGAUUUGGAAAUCCAUUUUGAGUUUUGGUGGGUUUUGUUUGAGAAGAAAAACUUAUAUUUCAUUCUGUGUUUUUCAAGCUCUAUACAUUGUAAAUUCAACUUUCCUGUACUCAGGCUUGAAGAAUAUUUCUGGGUUUUUGUUGGUUUUGUUCGAGAAAAAAAACCGUCUCUCUCUGUGUUUUUCGAGCUCUAGAAAUCAGUAGCUGAGGCUCUGCGCAUUAGAAAUUCUUAGUUUUGGUGGGUUUUUGUUGGGAAUUUCGAUGGACAAUACGGACCUUUAUAGAGUGGGAAGUUUGCGGCGGAAUGGCUCUUCGAUGUGGAGGAACACCACUGUCGAUAGUGUUUUCUCACAGUCUUCUCGUGAGGAAGAUGACGAAGAAGCUCUGAAGUGGGCGGCUCUCGAGAAGCUUCCGACGUACGAUCGAAUUAGGAAAGGGAUACUGAGUGGAGUCGCUGGUGAGGAGCACAAGGAAGUCGACAUUCAGCAUCUCGGGUUUCAAGACAAGAAGACCGUGUUGGAGAGAUUGGUUAGAGUCGCCGAGGAGGACAAUGAGAAGUUCCUGUUGAAGCUGAAGAACCGAAUCGAUAGAGUUGGAAUUGAGGUGCCAACCAUUGAAGUCCGCUACGAGAAUUUGAAUAUUGGAGCAGAAGCCUACGUCGGUAGCAGAGGUUUACCGACCGUCCUCAAUUUCACCUUUAAUAUACUCGAGGGAUUCUUGAAUUAUCUCCACAUUCUUCCGAGCCGAAAGAAACCAGUAUCAAUCCUUCAUGAUGUUAGCGGAAUUAUAAAGCCUUGCAGAAUGACUCUGCUUUUAGGGCCUCCAGGAUCAGGGAAGACCACUUUGCUAUUAGCUUUGGCAGGAAAGCUUGAUAAAGAGCUGAAGGUUUCUGGAAGAGUGACUUACAAUGGCCAUGGGAUGGAGGAGUUCGUCCCUCAAAGGACAUCCGCUUAUAUCAGUCAACAUGAUCUUCAUAUUGGGGAAAUGACAGUGAGAGAGACCUUGGCUUUCUCUGCUCGAUGCCAAGGAGUCGGGACCCGUUACGAGAUGUUGACGGAGUUGUCAAGAAGGGAAAAAGCAGCAAACAUUAAACCGGAUCCCGACCUUGACGUCUUCAUGAAGGCUGCAUCGCUUGAAGGGCAGAAGGAAAGUGUCGUCACGGAUUAUAUUCUGAAGAUUUUGGGACUGGAAGUAUGUGCUGAUACCAUGGUAGGGGAUCAAAUGCUGCGGGGCAUAUCAGGAGGACAAAAGAAGCGCGUUACAACAGGUGAGAUGCUUGUUGGACCCGCGAAGGCCCUUUUCAUGGAUGAGAUAUCAACUGGUCUGGAUAGCUCUACCACUUUCCAGAUUGUAAAUUCCCUGAGACAGUCAAUUCACAUUCUCGGUGGGACAGCACUGAUUGCACUGCUUCAGCCAGCUCCGGAGACUUAUGACCUCUUCGAUGACAUUGUUCUCCUCUCUGACGGGCAGGUUGUGUACCAAGGUCCCCGUGAGAAUGUGCUCGAGUUCUUUGAAUCCAAGGGUUUCAAAUGCCCCGAGAGGAAAGGUGUCGCCGACUUCUUGCAGGAAGUGACAUCAAGAAAAGAUCAGCAGCAGUACUGGGCACGUAGGGAUGAACCAUACAGAUACAUUCCCGUCAAGGAAUUCGCCAAUGCAUUCCAAUCAUUCCAUGUCGGCCGUAAAAUAGGAGAAGAACUCAGCACCCCGUUUGAUAAGAGCAAGAGCCAUCCUGCUGCUUUGACGACGUCUGAAUAUGGUAUCAGCAAGAAGGAAUUGCUGAAAGCAUGUGCUUCAAGGGAAUUGUUGCUUAUGAAGAGGAACUCAUUUGUCUACAUCUUCAAAAUGAUGCAACUGUUGGUCAUUGCAUUCAUCGCUAUGACGGUCUUCUUCCGUACCAAGAUGCACCACAAUUCAUUAACUGAUGGAUCGAUAUUUAUGGGUGCUCUCUUUUUCGCUCUCGUCACCCUUAUGUUUAAUGGGUUCUCAGAGCUUGCCAUGACAAUCGCAAAGCUUCCUGUUUUCUACAAGCAAAGAGACCUCCGCUUCUAUCCUUCGUGGGCAUACUCGCUGCCUACAUGGAUCCUCAAGAUUCCCAUUUCAUUUGCAGAAGUUGCGAUUUGGAUUGCCCUCACUUAUUAUGUCAUCGGCUUCGACCCAAAUGCUGGGAGGAUGUUUAAACAGUAUCUGCUACUCCUAUUGAUUAGCCAGAUGGCAUCUGGAUUGUUUCGGUUAAUUGCUGCACUGGGUCGGAACAUGAUUGUUGCAAACACAUUUGGGUCAUUUGCACUUCUUGCAAUCUUGACACUUGGAGGAUUCAUUGUAUCACGAAAGGAUGUGAAGAAAUGGUGGAUCUGGGGUUACUGGUCCUCGCCUUUGAUGUAUGCUCAGAAUGCGAUUGCGACGAAUGAAUUUCUUGGGCAUAGUUGGAAGCAUGUUGUUUCUGGUUCGACAGAAAUGUUGGGGAUCCAAAUCUUGGAGUCUCGUGGAAUCUUUCCUGAAUCAAAAUGGUAUUGGAUUGGUGCUGGCGCAUUGUUUGGAUACACUCUCCUAUUCAAUGGCCUUUUCACAGUUGCUCUCACUAAUCUCGACCCAUAUAAGGGCGGUCAAGCAGUUCUAUCUGAAGAGGCCUUGAAGGAGAAGCACGCAAACAGAACUGGAGAAGUCGAAGAGGUGGAGCUGUCAACCAGGAGAACAAGCUCUUCUGCACGUAUUGGCAAUGAAAUUAGAAUGACAGAAGCCACCGAUGGUGCUAAUAAGAGCAAUAAGAAGGGCAUGGUUCUUCCUUUUGCUCCCCUUUCCAUCACCUUUGAUAAUGUUAGAUAUUCCGUAGACAUGCCGCAGGAAAUGAAAGCUCAAGGUUUUCCAGAAGAAAAAUUAGAGCUUUUGAAGGGAGUAAGUGGAGCUUUCAGGCCAGGAGUACUUACUGCUCUGAUGGGUGUCAGCGGCGCUGGUAAGACUACACUGAUGGACGUGUUGGCCGGAAGGAAGACAGGUGGAUACAUAGAAGGAAACAUCACCAUAUCUGGCUACCCCAAGAAGCAAGAAACAUUUGCUCGGAUAUCGGGUUACUGUGAACAGAAUGACAUCCACUCUCCUCAUGUUACAGUCUACGAAUCUCUCGUUUACUCUGCGUGGCUUCGGUUACCAACAGAAGUAGAUUCUGCCACAAGAAAGAUGUUCAUUGAGGAAGUCAUGGAGCUUGUAGAGCUAACAUCAUUGAGGGAAUCGCUGGUCGGGCUACCUGGCGUGAAUGGGCUGUCGACCGAGCAGCGAAAGAGGCUGACUAUUGCUGUUGAGCUCGUCGCUAACCCAUCUAUAAUAUUCAUGGACGAGCCAACGUCUGGACUAGAUGCCAGGGCAGCUGCCAUUGUGAUGAGAACCGUGAGGAACACCGUGGACACUGGUAGAACUGUGGUGUGCACGAUCCACCAGCCCAGUAUCGACAUAUUCGAAGCUUUUGAUGAGCUGUUCCUUAUGAAGAGAGGAGGAGAAGAAAUAUACGUUGGCCCACUGGGCCAUCACUCUAGCCAUCUGAUCAACUACUUUGAGGGAAUCAAUGGAGUCCAUAAGAUAAAGGACGGUUACAAUCCGGCGACGUGGAUGUUGGAGGUGUCUAGCAUAGCACAGGAGGGGAUUUUGGGGGUGAAUUUCUCUGAAAUAUACAAGAAUUCAGAUCUUUUCAGGAGAAACAAAGCUCUAAUUGCAGAAAUGAGCUCACCUCCCCCUGGUUCCAAAGAUCUCUACUUCUCAUCUCAGUAUUCGCAGCCCUUCAUCACACAAUGCAUUGCCUGCCUAUGGAAACAGCGAAUGUCGUACUGGCGGAAUCCGCCAUACACCGCUGUCCGGCUUCUCUUCACGACUGUCAUUGCUUUGAUGUUUGGAACGAUAUUUUGGGAUCUUGGGUCCAAAACGACUUCUCAACAGGACCUGUUUAACGCCAUGGGCUCGAUGUAUGCUGCAGUUCUCUUCAUCGGAGUGCAAAAUGCCUCAUCUGUGCAGCCAGUUGUGGCUGUCGAACGUACUGUUUUCUAUAGAGAGAGGGCUGCCGGGAUGUAUUCAGCUCUACCAUAUGCCUUUGCGCAGGUGGUGGUCGAGAUUCCAUACAUCUUGGUUCAGACUCUCGUAUAUGGGGUCAUCGUCUAUGCCAUGAUCCAAUUUGAAUGGACGGCUGCCAAGUUCUUCUGGUAUCUCUUCUUCAUGUUCUUCACAUUGCUCUACUUCACCUUCUAUGGAAUGAUGGCUGUCGGCCUCACUCCUAACCAUGACAUUGCUGCAAUCGUUUCCUCCGCAUUCUAUGCGCUGUGGAACCUGUUUGCAGGCUUCAUCGUUCCCCGGCCCAGAAUUCCCAUAUGGUGGAGAUGGUACUACUGGGCAUGCCCAGUUGCUUGGACCUUGUAUGGAUUGGUCGCUUCCCAGUUCGGUGACAUAUCCAAACAAAUGGACAAUGACAAGAUAGUGUCAGAGUAUGUGAGGGAGUACUUCGGAUUCAAGCAUGACUUUCUGGGAGUGAUUGCCGCUGGGGUCAUUGGAUUCACAGUGCUCUUUGCAUUCGUCUUCGCCUUUUCCAUUAAGGUGUUGAACUUCCAAAGAAGAUGAGAAGUUUUUUUUUUUUUUUUUCUUUCCUCACAAGCCAAAAUCAAAUAGGGUUUGAUCAGUUCAGCUCCCUCCAGUUCAUGAAGCUUUUGGGCUAUUCUAUCAAAAGUAGGGGGCUGAAGUUUGAAUAUCAUAUGCUAGUUUUUGUUUGUUGAUUAUUGAAAUUUGUUUUAGUUAGCCCUUUUUAAUACUUUCUUAUGUACAAUAUUUAGUUUCAUAAGUGUGUUCAAGGCUGUUAUUGUAUCAGCAUAAAGAAAAAGUUGGACUUGAUUUAUACAAAUCUCUUUCUGUAAAAUUUUCAUGUGUAUGUGUCACAUUUGAAGCAUUCCACAUUUCAGUGAAUAAAUUACAGAC